AUUUCAAGUUCUAUGUGGAUAUAAAAUAUGAAUUAAAUCAUUCGCAAAUUCAUUUAUCCUACCUUCCCCGCCAAGACAAAAUAUGGAAUUUUUUAAAGAAUUCUUGCUGCUGUGAUCUUUUGAAAUGCUCCAUUGUCCAAAGAUAUAUUUAUACGCGAUGCAAAACAAGUCAUACGUAUUAUUUUGAUAGUUGAUUCUCAUCAGACGGAGCAAAAACGUUUAAGUAGUGGAACAAGCACUGAAAUUAUUAUGAAGGCAGGGCCGAGAUUCGGGUACAGACUUUGAAGGGUGACGGACCAUUUUGCCCGACAUAAAAGGCGUAGCUAUAGACUUACCCGAUGAAUCUUGAAAGCUUGUAAAGAUUUUUUAGUUUUGAUCUUUCUUGCAUGCGACUCAAAUGGAUCAAGGCAAAUGCUUUCCAAAAGAAGAGGGAAAACAACGUUUGGAAGUUCAAGAAUUGUUGCGUCAACCAUGGAAAUGUUUUGAUAAAUCAAUAAUGCAUCAGGAAAAGUUUAAAAGGAUGGAGGAAUAUGGACGCAAACAUCCAGAAAAAGUUACACUGCUCAACGAAUUGCGUGUAAUUUUCAAGGAGGAGUUUUUGCUUGGCAAGGGAAGUGAUGGAACCCGUGUUUACGUUGCCCUGGGAAAUAAUGGUUAUGGAAAAGCAGUAAAGCGAAUACACAAAGAUAGCAGCGGCAAAGACUUUGCAAAGCGAGAAAAAGAAAUUUUUAAUGAGUUGAAUGCAAAGCGUUCAAAUUAUGUUGUGAAUUUUUGGGAUUUAAAAGAGAACCUUGACGAAGAGUAUUUGUACAUGAUAUUAGAUUUGUGUGAAGAAUCAUUAGAGAGUUAUGUGAAAUCAUCUUCUUUGCAAGAUCUUCAAAAAGUCGUACCUAAAGUUCUUAUUCAGGUCUUAAAUGGUCUAGUUCACCUUCACAGCGGUAAGCGCCCUAUUCUUCAUCGGGAUUUGAGACCCUCGAACGUUCUUCUAGAUGUACAAGGAAAUUUUUUAAUCGCUGACUUUGGUAUAAGUCAUAUGUUAUCUGAUGAAACUUCGACACAUCGGAGCAUAGAAAGAGGAGCUAAAUAUUGGAUAGCUCCAGAGUCAUAUGACGCAUCAGAUGAAUCAAUUGAUAAAGUUCGUUACAAAAAAGAGUCUGAUGUUAUGAAUGCCGGAAUGGUGGCUUAUUAUGUUGCAACAAAGGGAAAACAUCCUUUUGGACCUGAGGCGUAUAGACUACAAAACAUGUUGGAGGGAAAACCCGUUGGUUUGAAAGAAAUCAGGGAUGUUCAACUUAAAGAUCUUCUUUCAUGGAUGCUACAACGACAACCCAGAGACAGGCCAUCUGCCGAUAAGGCAUUAAAGCACCCUUAUCUACAAUCAGACGAAGAGAAAAUUAACAUGCUGUGUGAUAUGGGAAACCAACUGGAGUUGAAACAUUCACAAGAUACCAAGUUGGUUGAACAACUUGAAGAAAUCAAUGGAAAUAAAAGUGAAGACAUAAAUUACGAUAUGGAUCUUGACGUAGAAAUUGAAAGAGCAAAUGGAAAGAAAAACAAAGAAAACCCAAGCCAUGACGUAUUUUUGAAAGAUGAAUUGGAUAUGGAAGAGAACGAAGAUGUUGCUCAUAGUCAAAAGCUGGAUUUUUUCGAUAAAUCAUCAAUACAAAGCAGCGCGGGCGGAUUUGGGUGGAAGGUUGGUGACAUGGAUAGGUUUCGUCGUUUUUUGGUGUUGGGAAGCGAUAAAGGCACUUUCUAUAUUUGCGAAAGAACGUUAGACUCAGAAAAUGAGCAAGUCGUUUUGAAUCUUUUAAAAGCAGGAAGGGGUGUUGAAGUUGUCAAUGAAAUAGAGAAGUAUAGCAUUGAGGGACGAACCGUAAGACAGCAGACCAUCGUGUUUGCUCUCGCUGUUUGUGCACGGAAGGGAGAUCUUGCCACAAAAAGACAAGCAUACAAGGCUUUACCCAAGGUCUGUCGAAUUCCGACUCAUUUGUUUAUGUUUAUUGAGUUCUGCAAGUUGUUCAGUAAGCCUGGCAAAGGUUGGGGUCGUGCUCACAGGAAUGCCAUAAAACGAUGGUACAAAGAAAAAGAGCCAAAGAAACUGGCCAUGGAUAUCACCAAAUAUCAAAAGCGUAAAGGAUGGUCACAUCGAGAUGUUGCAAGGUUAAUGCAUUUCAAGUCAGAAGGAACUGAUGUUUCUGAUGAGUUGUUUGUUAUAAUGAAGUAUGUUGUUUGUGGUUGGAAGAAACUUUUUGAAUAUUUCUUUCCAGAAGAUAGGACAGUUCUGCAUCGUUCUAUUGGAGUGAAUGGCAGUGCAAUGUUGGAAUUUUUUAGGGCAGUUGAAGAUAUAAAAACAGCGCAAGAGGAGGCAAGAGUGAUUGAACUGAUAAAUCAAUAUAAUCUUGUUAGAGAACAUAUUCCAACACAUUGGCUUAAUUCUAAAGAGGUUUGGAGGGCUCUUGCUCAAAAAAUGCCAAUGACUGCAAUGCUUCGAAAUCUUGGCAAAAUGACAAUAGUUGAACUACUAGACGAGCAGUUGGCAUUGUCCCUUGUAUGUGAGAAGUUACUCAAUCAAGAGAAGUUAAAGAGAGCUCGCAUUCACCCAUUCAAUGUUUUGGUUGCACUAAACACCUACUUGGAUGGACAUAGUGAAAGGGGAAAACUGACAUGGAACCCAAAUGAAGCUAUUGUUAAUGCAUUGGAAGAAGCUUUUUACUUAUCAUUUAAGUCGAUUCAGCCAACAAACAAGAGAUACAUGUUGGCAUUGGAUGUCAGUGGUUCUAUGUCUUAUUCUGGUUGUGCUGGUACACCGUGUUUAACGCCACGUGUGGCUGCUGCAGCCAUGUCCAUGGUUACAGCUCGGACCGAAAGCAAACAUCUGUUUGUUGCUUUCUCUCAUGAAAUAGUUCCGCUGAUGAUCAGCAGUGACAUGACUUUCAAUGAGGUGCUAGAACUUAUGGAAUUGAUACCAAAUGGUGGGACAGAUUGUGCUCAACCAAUGUUGUAUGCAAUUAAGAACAAUCUAGAGGUGGAUGUUUUUAUUGUUUAUACUGACAGUGAAACAAAAGCUGGGUACAUCCACCCAAGCAAGGCCUUGAAAAGGUAUCGUGAGCAUACUGGUAUUCAAGCAAAACUCAUAGUUGUUGCUAUGACUUCAAAUGGUUUCACGAUUGCUGAUCCAAAUGAUUCUGGAAUGCUUGAUAUUGUUGGCUUUGACUCAGCUGCCCUGCACGUUAUGAGAGAGUUUGUCUUAGGCUGAAGGAACUGCAAAAGAUUUUUUCACAGAUCUUUUUUUGAAUAUUACCAUGAAUAUAAAUUUGAAAUUGCUGAACAAAUUUUGCCUGUGUAACAGAAUGCAUGAAAUGUUUUUAUUACUUAUUUCAUUGUAUUUAGUACAAAUGUAUGUACUAUGCACUACGACAUUGCUUCAUUUGAAUUGUUAAUUGCAUGAAUUAAUUGUCAGACUUAGCCAGUCGAGAAAAGUGCACUAGAUCGAAGAUUUUAAAACGUUAUCAUAUUGUUUUAUCCAGCUAGCGUGCACAACUUCCUUCUUGUCAUUUGCAUCUAAUUACUUCUGAUUUUCGUGAGUUUUUGUUGAUAAAACUAAUUGGUUCAUUAAUUGAACAAACUUAUAAAUCAAUCGAUUGAUUAAUUUGAUGUCGCGUUGAUACAAUAAAAAUCUACUUUUGAUAGUA